UCGCUCGCUGGCUGGCUGGCUGGCAAGCUAGGGGGCGGAGAGACGGCGCUCCUCUGGCAUUGUCGCUCUACUCCUGCCAGGAGCUUCAUCUCCAGCACGUCCUCUUCCUCCUCCCGGAUGCCGGCCAGCUCCGUCAACAAGUGCGUGUGAGGCUCCAUCCGGGCGGGCGGGCGUUCAGGUGGGCGGCGUGGCGCGACCAUGGAGGUGGCUCUGGUGAGCCUGCAGGAGAACGGCGGCGCCAACAACGGAGAGCAGCAGCAACUCCACUCGGCGCUCAUGGACGACUUGGGCAAGGAGGUGAACGCUCCCCGUCAGCAGCAGCAGCAGCGGGAGCGGGAGCAGCAGCAGCGGGAGCAAGCUCCCCCCACGCAGGCUCCCGCCUGGAGGAUCAACGACAUGAACAGCACGCUGAGCUGCAGCGAGAACGCCAUGGACGCGCUGAUGCGCGCCGACCACAGCCCGCACGUGUUUGACGACGAGCUCCUGGACCUGGACGCCGACAGCAACGAGCGUGUGCUCAUCAACAUCGCCGGGCUGCGCUACGAGACGCAGCUGGGCACCCUUAACCAGUUCCCCGACACGCUGCUGGGCGACCCGGCCAAGCGGAUCAAAUACUUUGACCCGCUGCGCAACGAGUACUUCUUCGACCGCAACCGGCCCAGCUUCGACGGCAUCCUCUACUUCUACCAGUCGGGCGGCAAGAUCCGCCGGCCCGUCAACGUGUCCAUCGACGUGUUUGCCGACGAGAUCCGCUUCUACCAGUUGGGCGAGGAGGCCAUGGAGCGCUUCCGAGAGGACGAGGGCUUCAUCAAGGAGGAGGAGAAGCCGCUGCCGCGGAACGAGUUCCAGAAGCAGGUGUGGCUGAUCUUCGAGUACCCGGAGAGCUCGAGCCCGGCGCGCGGCAUCGCCAUCGUGUCGGUGCUGGUCAUCACCAUCUCCAUCAUCACCUUCUGCCUGGAGACGCUGCCCGAGUUCCGGGACGAGCGCGAGCUGGGCGGGCGCCCCGACAACGGCACGGCGGCCCGGCGGCCCUCGCUGACCUUCAGCGACCCCUUCUUCAUCAUCGAGACCACCUGCGUCAUCUGGUUCACCUUUGAGCUCUUUGUGCGCUUCUUCGCCUGCCCCAGCAAGUCCGAGUUCUCCAAGACGGUGAUGAACAUCAUCGACAUCAUGUCCAUCAUGCCCUACUUCAUCACGCUGGGCACCGAGCUGGCCGAGCAGGGUCAGGAGCCCCCCAACGGCCAGCAGGCCAUGUCGCUGGCCAUCCUGCGCGUCAUCCGGCUGGUGCGCGUCUUCCGCAUCUUCAAGCUGUCGCGCCACUCCAAGGGCCUGCAGAUCCUGGGCCAGACGCUCAAGGCCAGCAUGCGCGAGCUGGGCCUGCUCAUCUUCUUCCUCUUCAUCGGCGUCAUCCUCUUCUCCAGCGCCGUCUUCUUCGCCGAGGCCGACGAGCCCGAGUCGCACUUCUCCAGCAUCCCCGACGCCUUCUGGUGGGCUGUGGUCACCAUGACCACGGUGGGCUACGGCGACAUGCGCCCCGUCACCGUGGGCGGCAAGAUCGUGGGCUCGCUCUGCGCCAUCGCCGGCGUGCUGACCAUCGCGCUGCCUGUGCCCGUCAUCGUCUCCAACUUCAACUACUUCUACCACCGCGAGACCGACCAGGACCAGUCGUCGCUCAAGGAUGAGCCCGAGGCCAAGGCGGCGGCAGCAGCGCCGCCGGCUGAGAGCAAAGACUCGCCCGUCAAGGGCAAGGCGGUCGAGGCCAACAGCGGCUUGGACCUGAAAAGCUCUCUGUACGCCUUCUGCCUGGACACACGGGAAACCGACUUGUAG